AAUAACAAUAAGCUAGUUGUUGUCCAGUAGGUCCAUAUUGGAGAGUGUAAGGAGUUACGAAUUGGAGUUCACAUUAGAUGUUGCCAAUCAAACAUUCAGCCAACAUAAGAGUUUAUGAGUCGGGCAAGUUGUUCACUUGCUUGAACCAGUUAACACAUUAAAACUGGUUGUUCAGAAACAAAGUAUUGUGGGCAUACCGUCAGACUAUGCAUCCCAAUCUUUAAAUAAUAGAUAUCUCACUGGCAACAGAACUGUCCCCUACUGUUCACACGUUGGACCUGACUUACAUGUAGUCCUCAUCAAGCAUGCCCCUAAGCCAUGAAGCAGGUCAGUAUGGCAGCACAUUCAGAUAUCCAAUCACCAAACCCUACCACCACUGUCUCCAACAAGUACCAAAGAUGUAGCCUCUAAACAUUGCAUGUUCCAUGCUCAUGGCCUUGUCCCUUUCCAGCUUGCUUUGAUAGCCUGCAUGCUUAUCGUUCCCCCCAGCUAUAAAUAGAGCAGUUCUGAACCGCAGGUUCCAUCCACAAGCAAAGCACUACAACUAGAUUAACACUUGACACAAAAUUCUAAGCUUUCUGCCAAGAAAGAAGGAGAUACAACCAUGGUCAGUGCCAAGAUACUUUCUCAAAUGAUAAAGAAGUGGCAAAGAGUGGCAGCCGUUGGGAGGAAGAGGCUCAUGUGGACGGCAGCGAAAGAAGUUGAUGAGUGUUGCACGUCUGUGGCAGUGAAGGGCCACUGUGCCAUGUACACUGCUGACGGGAGGCGGUUUGAGGUGCCAUUAGUGUGCCUCAGCACAACGAUCAUUGGGGAGCUCCUGAGGAUGUCUCAGGAUGAGUUUGGCUUCACAAGUGAUGGGAGGAUCACACUGCCUUGUGAUGCAGCAGUGAUGGAGUAUGUCAUGUGCUUGCUCAGAAGGAAUGCAUCAGAAGAGGUAGAGAGAGCUUUCCUGAGAUCCAUGGUGAGACCUUGCCACUACGGAAAUGGUUUGGAGCCAUCCAUGGGAGUUAGCCAGCAAGUAGCUGUUUCUAGCUUCUGA